GUCAAAUUUGAAUUUGCCUUAAACAAAAACAUGUUUACCUAACAUUAUUUUAUUAUUAAUGAUAUUUAAGAAUGAAUGAACACUCACAAGACGGAGAUUUAAAACUGUGUACAACAUCUGAAACAGAAGGGUUUGAUCUGCAGUCAGGUCAAAUAUGGAUCUACCCAACAAACUAUCCAUUAAGGGACUACCAAUUCAACAUAAUACAACAGGCGUUACUUAAAAAUACCCUAGUAAGUCUCCCAACUGGCCUGGGGAAAACAUUCAUAGCUGCCGUUGUAAUGUAUAAUUUUUAUCGUUGGUAUCCCCAUGGUAAGAUCAUAUUCAUGGCUCCUACAAGGCCCCUUGUUAAACAACAAGUUGAUGCCUGUUAUGAUAUUAUGGGAAUUCCUAAAGAAGUAACAGUUGAAAUGACAGGUACAAAAAUUUCUUCCACAAGGGUAGAGAUUUGGAAUGAUAAAAGAGUUUUUUUUGUUACACCACAAGUAUUACAAAAUGAUUUAGCUUCGGUAAAAGAUUUGGGCGCCAAAAUUAAAUGUAUAGUGUUCGAUGAGGCUCACAAAGCCAGAGGAAAUCAUGCAUAUUGUGAAGUUGUUAGGACAUUAGUGAAUCAAAAUAAGUAUUUCAGAGUUUUAGCUUUAAGUGCCACACCUGGAAGUAACAUUAAUGAUGUUGCAGAGGUGGCAAAUAAUUUACUGAUAUCUAGACUGGAAUUUAGAACAGAAGAAAGCCCGGAUGUCCACCCAUAUGUGUUCAAAAGAAAUAUUGAAACUGUUGUGGUACCACUCGGUCCAAAACUUCAAGAAGUAAAAGAUCGUUAUUUAAAGGUUUUAGAUCAAUACACAAAAGUGUUAAUUAAGUACAAGGUUAUCCAAACUAACUGUAGUACUUUAACAAAAGGAAGAAUAUUUAUGACUAUGAAUGACUUUAAACAGAAAAAAGGAGCUGGUAACCCAAAUUAUGGAGAAAUAAUGAAGAGCUUAAAUAUUUGUAUGACUUUAUAUCAUGCAUUUGAAUUACUUAUAAGACAUGGUCUCAGAAGUUUUCUGACAUUUUUUGAAGAACAUAUUAAUAAACCACUAUUAAGAGGAAACCAAAAUAUAAUCAGCAUAAUGGAAGAUCUAAAGGUCUAUUUAGGACCAACUCCAGAAGUGAAACAAUUACCAGAUGGAACCUAUGAAGACAUUCCUGCUAAUGUAAAGUUUGGGCAUCCCAAAUUCUACAAAUUGCGCGACAUUCUCACUAACCAUUUUAAGGAUGCUCCCAGUACUAGUCGAGUGAUCGUGUUCUUUGAAUACAGAGAAUCCGUGAUGGAAGCUUACGCGUUACUUUUUCAAGCCAAGCCACUGCUAAAACCCAGAAUAUUCUUGGGACAAGGAUAUGGUGUGACCCAGAAGGUCCAAAUGAAUGUGAUAAAAGCUUUUCGAGACGGUCAGUGCAAUGUACUAUUAUCCACAUGUAUUGGUGAAGAAGGUUUGGAUGUAGGAGAUGUAGAUUUAAUCGUUUGCUUUGACAUUUCCAACACGUCACCCAUCCGCAUGAUUCAAAGAAUGGGUCGUACUGGAAGAAAAAAGGAAGGCAAUAUUUUCAUUCUGGUUACAGAAGGAAAAGAACAGGACACUCUCAAGAACUGUCUUAUUCAUAAACAAAAUUUAGCUAGUCAUGUUUUGACUUCCAAGGAGUUGAAUAAUUCAUUGCGUAAGGAUAGUCCUAGAAUGGUACCUGAGGGAAUUGUUCCGCGUUGUGAAAAAAUGUUUAUUACUGUAAAGAAGCCGACUUUGACUAAAAAUAGUUCUAUCAAGGAUAUGCUCAAGAGUGUUUCUUCAGGUUCAGGGCCGGUGUUUUCUCAGGAUUUGGAGAUUGUAGAUUUUCAGGAAAAACUACCCACUAGAAAAAUGCUGUGGAAUAAAGAAGAUCCAUUGCAUGAGGAUAUAAAUUUAAGUACUAUUUUUUCAAGACAUGUAGAGAAGCAGAGGUGUAUUCAGCCUUCAUACAAAAUUAAGAGUUCAAAGACGAGUCAAUGUUUUGUAAGCCUUUUACAGUCAGCAGACUCAAAAAGGUUUAAUAUUCCUAUGACACAGAUGUCAGAUGAAUUUCAUGGGAGUCAAAAUAAAAUUAUGAAACAGGGAGAUAUAAGAAAUAUGUUCUUUAAACCUACAACUAAAGACCAGAUAAGUAACUCCCAAAAUUCGAAAAAACAAAAUUUUGGACAUCAUUCUUCAUCAGAAAACGACAUCACUGACAUAAUUUCAAGAGAGGUGUUUGAAGAAAUGUCAAAUUAUCUGUGCAUUCAACAAUCUGCAAGGCGUAAAUGUAAACUUUGUCCAAGCUGUUUUGAUUGUAACAAAAUUAAUCUACCUCAACCUAGUAUGAAUUUGUCACUUUGGAAUCAUCCAGAUCUUUCAAUUCUCGAUAAUAUUACAACAGAAGAUAUGGAUUUAUUCGCUGAUAGUUUAUCUCCAAAGUCAAAGGAAUUAUAUGAUAGUUUCAGUGAUGUUAAUUUUUGCGAAUCUUUAUCAGAUAUACCUGAACAAGACUUGCAAACUGAAAAAUCAUUUUCCUAUGUGGCUCCAAAAAGCUUAAACAACCUCUUAAAUAGAUAUAGUACAUGUAUAAUAAGUCAAGCGGAAUUGAAAGAAACAAGUAAUGCUUCCAAAGUUCCAGAGAAAAAUGUAGAUUGUGAUAUUACAAUAGUUGGACAAAAUAACAUACAAAAUAUUUCAUAUCAUAAUAUUAACGCAUCAAUAAAAAAUAGGACAAAAGAAACAAGUAAUGCUCCUCUCAAAGUUCUUGAGAUAAAUGAAGAUUGUGAUGUUACUAUACUUGAACAAAAUAACAAACAAAAUACUUCACACAAUAAUAUUAAUACUUCACUGGAAAAUAAGACUAAGUUAAAAGACACAAUUGACACCUCAGAUAAGUUCGUACAACACAAUUUAGUUAACAAAGUAUCUGAUAUUAAUCUAGAAGAAAUCUUGUCAUUCUUCAAACUUUCCAGUUUGGACGAGUUUUAUACAUGCACAGACAGUUCGCAAGAUACUAUAAUAUGUUCCCCCGAGUCCCCUGUAUUAUCGCAAAGAUUUAAACAGAAACAAAAGCCACCUUCACCACUUUUAAGCAGUUUAUCGCAAAGGUCCUCAUCCCCAGUACUGUCGAAUAGAUCCAGACUCCAAUUGAUGAAGAACAAAAGGUUGAAUAAAGGAGCAAGUCAGCCUAAUCCAACCAGACCUAACUUGUCUAAAUUAAAAAGUGUAGGCAAUCAAACUAAAUUAUCCGUAGAUGGAACAAAAUCUAACAUUUCAUCUGUAUGGAAAACCAACUUUAGUGACGAAAAUUUAAAAAAUUCUCGUAUUUCCGAUAUUGAUAUUUGUGAGAAGACCACAGACACAUGGAACAAACAACAAGAAACAAGUGUCUUUGGGAAUUUAAGCGAGAUCAACGAUCUUUGCGAUUUAUCCGAGUUUGGAAUAGAAAGUAUUACAUCACAUAUAAGUCCAAAGAAUGUUAAGAAUAGUACUAGAUCAGAUGGAGGGCAAAGUCCCUCAGGACUGAAUUCAAAUGCUGAAAAUAUAAAUAGUCAAUUAGAUGAAAUUGCCGAAAUGGACUUCUGUGAUUUAUCAGCUUUUGGUAUUAGUAAACAAGAAACAAAUCACAAGGAAUCUGACCUGUCUGAUGAUAUAAUUGAUAUAUCUGAUGAUUUCUUGGACAACACGGUCAAAAAGAAAUCAAUUCGUAAAGAACUUAAAGUAGAAGCAGAUAAUAAAUGUACUAAAACAAAAAGUCUGCGUCCUGAUACAAAACUGACAAAUAGUACACCAGUUAGUUCUACUAAUAAAAAAAUUGAUUUUGAUACGACUUCUUUAGAUAUUACUAAAUUUAAUAAAAACAUCGGUGACAAAUUUUCAUCAAAACCUGAGGAAAAUCACAAUUUAUUUAAAGAUUCUAGUUUGGACGACUUAUGUGAUUUAUCAAUUUUUGGUAUUAAGGAUUCCCCAGGGAAAGUUAUUGUUCAAUCUCCAAAGAAAAGUAAUUUGUGUACUUCGCCUAUUAUAUCUCGAGCAUCUCAAAAUAAAAUAAUGAAUAAAUCGUUAACUACUAAUGAUACCUGUGAGAAUAAAGCUGACAUGUCUAUCACACAAAUUUUGAGUCUUGUUUCAAAAGAUGCAACUGAAGACAGAAACAAACAAUCUGUUUCUAAAAUGAUGAAUUUUAUUGAAGAUAAUAGCUUUGAUGAUGAUUUAGUAUUUGAUUUUUCAAGUAGCAGGCCAGUUUCUCAAAAUAAAUUAGGUAUGAAGAAAAAUAUAUGUUCUUCUAUAAAUAACUUACUCAAUGUUAGUGAGAAAGUGAAGGAAGCUUCUACGACAAACGUUUGUGAUAAAUCAUUAAAACUGAAUACUAGUAAUUUAAAUGAAUCUAUUGUAAUAAGUAGUGAUGAAGAGUUUGAUAUGAGUGUCAAGGACAUUAAAGUGAACCCAAGAAGGGUAUUGCGGACGCGAAAUGAACAAAAUGAAAACGAGCAACGACCUGAAAAGAAAAUAAAACGAAAGAAAAGGGGCAAUUGUUUUAUUGAUGGGGAAGCAGAACUAUCAGAUGAUGAUGUUUUUGUAUCAGAUGACGAAGACGACGGUAGUGAUCAAGACAGCUAUGAGAAGAGUUUUGUAGAGGACAAUUCGGAAAAUAUAAUCUUUAAUACUCAGAUUCACGCUAAUUAUCUACAGUCAAUAAAGAGCCCGGUACGUCCUGGACCUUACAAAAUUCCAACCCUGCCUAGAUAUAAUAUAUCAGAUGUGUUUUCACAAUAUGUUGAUCUUGAAAAUGAUACAUACAUGCAUGAUUCAUUUUGUGUGAAUACUGAAGAUGUAGAUGAUGAGGUAGAACGGGACAUUUCGCAACUGGAAAUAUUAGAGAAAAAGUUAAAAGAAAAGAACAAGAAUAAGAAGAGGAAAAUCUCUCAACAAAAGAAAGAUCUGCCUAAACGUAAAAGAAUUCUAGUCAUGAGUGAUGACAGUGAUUAGUGAUUUGCCUUGUACAUAAAUAGUUUUUUCUUUAUAUUUUAAAUUUAUAAUUUUUAUAAUAAUAUAAUUUGUACAUAAUUUAAUGUAUUUGAAUAAAUGUAAAUAAUAUUUAAAA